AUGGAUGUUCCUGUGGAAACUCAACAACCCCUUUUGGAAAACGCACCUACACCACAAAAAACACCCAAAACACCAACACAAAAGACCAUAAGAAAGGCUUUCAAAGGCACAGCACAUUUGGCAAAGCUUCUUCCUACUGGGACAGUCCUCAUAUUCCAGAUUCUAUCACCAGUUUUCACACACGAAGGCCAAUGCCAUACCCAAACAAGCAAAGCCAUGACCAUAGGACUCUUAACCUUUUGCAGCAUCUCAUGCUUUCUUCUCUCAUUCACUGAUAGCUUCAGGGACGAAAGGGGAAAAGUUAGAUAUGGAAUGGCUUCAUCAAAUGGACUUUGGAUUUUGGAUGCAUCAGUUAGGCUUCCAAUUGAUGAGGCAGCUAAAUAUAGACUAAGGUUCAUUGAUUUCUUCCAUGCUUUCACGUCCAUAUUGGUUUUUGGUGCCAUUGCACUCUUUGAUAAAAGUGUAGUGAGUUGUUUAGUUCCAAAGCCUUCAGAGGAGGCUAAGGAACUUUUGGUAGCAGUGCCUAUUGGGAUUGGCUUGGUGUGUAGUGUUCUAUUUGUUUUGUUCCCUAGCCAACGACAUGGGAUUGGUUUCCCUCUCUCACGCAAUUAG